AACCGGCGAAAUACAAACGGAAGGGAGAAAAAAAUAUAAACGACAUCUAAGAUUUAACAAAAUUGUUUUUAUCUGCAUUUAACAAUGGUUUCCCGCUUUGACCAACAAAAGACCAAGCACCAGCUCUUCCACGUGUCCCUCAGCCUUGCCACCAUCCUGAUCUGCAUGGCAUACAUGCAGUAUCGCCGGAAUUGGGCUCAUCUCGGCAGCUUUUGGGACUCUCUGGUCGUUCCUAUUGUUUUCCUCGGAGAGAUUCUAAAAGUUAUACUGGCUCGCUUCUACGGCAAGGUUGACGAUGGCGUCCUGACCGCUAAGCAGCGUCAGAAAAAGAAUUCGUACUUUACGCCGCGGGAGCUCGUCGGAGGAUUCACCCUGCAGUUCCUGUGCACACUUCUCUACGCCUUCAUUUGCAUCAUUUUGGGAGCCCCGGUGCUAGGCAACUAUGAGCAGACUUUCGUCUUGGCCUUACUGAUGACCUUGUUGACGGUUUCCCCUACUGUUUUCCUCCUUGGAGGCGGUGGAGCCCUUCAAGUGUGCUUCUGCGAGAAGCCGGACUUUGUGACCAAGUGCGAGGACACUGCUCUGAAUCUAUUCAAGUACAAUGCACUGGGUGGUAUUCUGGGUGCUUGGGCCGGGAGCGUGGUGGCGCCGCUGGACUGGGGACGUGACUGGCAGGCUUAUCCCAUUCCGAAUGUGAUCGGAGCUCUCUUGGGUAGCGCUCUCGGCAAUAUAUACGCUUGUACGCAUGUCCUCUAUGCUACAGCCCGAGUUUACAUGACCAAGAAACGCACUUAAUUUUAAUAAUAAAUGCUUUUAAUUCUGCCA